CAAAUCAGACAGGAAGGAUCGGUUUAAAGUUCGCUGCCGUGAAACACAGAUUGAAAGACACGGCAGAGAUUCGAGACGAGGGAUACAGGAGGACAUCUGAGGACUGAAUCGUUGGUAUCUGAGGCGAUAAAAGCAGAAAUAAACUACACCAGCAGAGGAAAACAGAACAAAACUGAGACAUUUGCUGGGGAAAUCUCAACGUUGCUGGCGGGGAGAAGAUGGACAUCCUUGAGACAGAUGCCUAUGACAGGAGGCACAGGAGAAAUGUGUCUUGCGCUCUAUUUUUCUCCCUCGUGCCUUUCUUUCUGUCCACAGCUGCAUACUUCUACCUGUGGACUCCUGACUCUCCUCCAUCCAUCAUGUCUGCAGGUGUCAAAUCAGCACCAGUGCUCUUAUUGGCUGCAGCGGUGCUGGGCUGGAAUGGAGGUCAGAGUAUCCUGGGUGUGGUGGGAGGACUGAUCUUCUCUGCUGUUGGUGAUGGCUGCUUGAUUUGGCCUGAGCUUUUUCUGUAUGGAAUGGGUGCAUUUGCUGUGGCUCAUCUGCUGUACUCCAUCUCCUUCCUAUCUAGUCGCUACGCAUCGUAUUCCUCUUCCGGAUCCUCCAGCUGGAUCCGUCUUCUGUAUCUGAUCGUGCUCAUAGCAGGAGUAGGUUUCUAUAUCUUUCUGUAUCCAUUCCUGCUGAAGUUGCCAAACUCUGAUAUGCUAGUUCCAGCUGUGGGGAUCUAUGUUGCCCUGAUUAGUCUAAUGGGUGCUCUGGCAAUCAGAACCCAACACAUGCCGACGCUGCUGGGAAGCCUGAUCUUCAUGGUGUCUGAUCUGUCACUGGCUCUACAAGUUUUCAAGGUGAUGGAAAACAUGCAGCAUGGCAACAUUAUUGUCAUGGUGACGUAUUAUUUGGCACAGCUUCUAAUCGCCGUGGGUGACAUGAAAGCGGUGGAGGACAAGGAUGACUUUUCAAAAUGGAAGAGGUCCUAACUGGUAUCCCUGUGGCUUCCCUCAAGUACCCCUCAUUUAUUUUGUAAAACCUGUUUGCCUAAAAAAAAGUUUUGCAUGCUUUAUUGUUUUUAAAAGAACCCACCAAGUAAAGGACAAGAGGAGGAUGAACGAAACAAGGACAGCUCUCCUGGUCAGGAAACAAGCACCUCAACAAGCAAGAUCACUUAUUACACAUAUCCAAUUUCUACA